UACUAUUCAUUAAUAAAUCUUUUACUUCUUGGAGAACCAUUCAAGGGAGACUUCAAAUUAGACGGAUUGUUUUACUUUAGUGGAUGAUUUCCACAAGCACAGAGCUGGUAAUGGUAAUAUCUCUGAGAAUAAAGAUUGAAAUAAACUAAUUCAGAAUAAUAACAUCAAGCUUUGUCAUAGUUCAAGAGAGAACACAAUCUCCGCACACGAGUUGGCAGUGCAAGGUGCCAACAGACCUGUAAUGUUGCAUGCAUGGUGCUAAAAAUUAAUUAUUACCUUUUGGGAUUCAUUAUGUCAAAUGGUGCAAUUUUUAUUUAAGUCAAGCAUUUUAAUUUUUAUCUAUUUGUCUAAGGCGGAAGGAUUUAAAUGAAAUACUGGUGUAUUAUCUUGAGCAGCACACAUUAUAUCAUUUUCGCUCCUUUUCAAAAAAAUCAUGAUUUUAGUUGGCAAAUGAGAGAGCCAUUGCUUGUUUCCAAGAGUUUUGAGAAGAGCAACAGAUAGAAGCCAUCAUUUCUGUGGGGUUUUAUUGACUCAGAUGAGCUCUCCAUUUCCCCUCAUAUACUGCUCUUAUUUUCUCUUGUCUUCUAGUCCUCCCCUACUUUUUCUCAUAUAUAUGGAGUUAGGUUGGGUUUUCGUAGUAUUGGUUUGCAAAAAUCAAUAUGCAUGUUGUGUACUACAAUCCUCCGUUACCGAAUGGCAACACCACUGGUGUUGGUGUGGUUGGGAUUUUCCUAGUAUUGGUUUGUAAAAAUCAAUGUGCAUGUUGUGUACUACAAUCCUCUGUUACCGAAUGGCAACACCACUGGUGUUGGUGUGGUUGGGAUUUUCCUAGUAUUGGUUUGCAAAAAUCAAUGUGCAUGUUGUGUACUACAAUCCUCCGUUACCGAAUGGCAACACCACUGGUGUUGGUGUCGUUAUUAGAGACGAAGAGGGUAUCAUCCUGGCUAUGAGCUCUGGGCACUUUUUUUAGGGUUACAACUCGCUCAUAGGAUCAGAGAGAAUCUGGUUGAGCUUGAGAUUGAAUCUAAAAAAGCUCUGCGAGAAUGGAUGAUUGGCGAUGGUAUGUUGAUCCUCGUCAUAAUGGGGUGAUUCAACAGUUGAAUCAGAGGGUGAGGGAUAGGAUCUUGGUUCUUAGAAAGAGAGUAGUGGUGGAAAGACAAAAUCUCUUGGUUCGAUACCUUGCGGAGGAUGAGGCAGGAAGGCAGCAACCAAGUUCAGGCCAGUAUGGAUCUUCAGGCCCUUUGGAACUGUGACAUCUUGACAUGGGCUUAGGCUUCAUCAGGGGCAACUUCCAGGUCAUUGACGAAGACGAGGACCAACAGUUUUAGGAGGAGGAAUGAGUGAUGGAGGGUCCGGAUGAGUGAUGGGGUGAUCGCGGUGCGGGUGUUGCGGUUUUUUCUUAAAACCUCAAACCAAACCGCGCAUGCGGUUUGGUUGAAAACUCAAACCGCAACCGCACCGCGCUAGCAUAAAAACCGCGUAAACCACACCACAAAAAUGCGGUGCGGUUUGUGCGGUUUGUGCGGUUUGCACGUUUAAAAUAAAUAUUUUAAUUGAAUUAAUUAUGAAAGAAUUUAAAUACAUUAUAUUAAUAAAGUCAUAACAAAUCUAUAUGAUAUUUAUCAUUUAAGAACUACAACGACUACUAAAAAAUAUAAACAAAAGUGCAAAUAAAAUGACAAUAAGUUGUAAGCAGUGUUGUAAAAGGUGGGAAUCGGACUUAAUCGGUGAAGUCACGGAACAAUGAUUAAUUGGAUAGAUCGAGUACUAAUCGGAUGAUUAAUGGGAUAAAUGAGGAUUAAUUGGAUAGAUAGGGAAUUAAUCGGAUGAUUAAUGGAAUAAACAGAUAUUUAAUUAGUUUUGCGAGCUACAAAACAUGGAUUACUCGGUGAUUAAUCGUGAUUAAUCACUGAUUUUUAGGACAAAAGCUUGUAAGAGACAUAUAAUAAUAAUAUAAUUGUUUUAUAAACUUUGGUAUAAUAGCAAACUAGAUUUAUAAAGAAUAAUUAACUAUUAUUUAAAGAGCUCUAACAAAUACAUACAUAACAUAAAUAUAAAUAAUACUAGUAAUUUAUAUAUACUAUUAUAAUGCGGUGCGGUGCGGUUUGAACCGCACUAGUAAAAUGUCAAACCGCAACCCGCACCGCACCGUGCGGUUUGUGAAAAAUUCAAACCGCAACCGCACCACAAAAAUUAAAAGCCGCGUUUUGCGGUGUGGUGUGGUGCGGUGCGUGCGGUUUGGGCGGUUUUUUGAUGACCCCUGAAUUGGGAAACCAUGCAUCUUAUUGUUUUUUUUUUUUGAAAAUUGCAUCUUAUUGUUUUUUUAUAGUUUCUCUAAUUUAAAAUAUAAUUUAUUUUAAAUUUUUAAAUAAAAAGUUUAAAAGUUAUAAGUUUAAAUAAAAUAAAAGUUUAUUUUAUUUAAAAUUAAAACAAUUUACAAAAUUAUAAUUUCUAAGAAUAUUAAAAUGUGUGACGAGUUCUUCAAUCCCCAAUAGAAUUUUGGAGACAGGGAUGAAUUUAAACUCGAGUAAUAAUCUAUUAUUAUUAAUCUAUUUUAUUAUUACCAAUAGUCUGUUUGUCUGGGUUUUAAACUCGGGUUUUAAGUUAUAUCUGACUUUAAAAUGACAAAUGUCUAUUUAUGUAAUAAGUCAGAAAUCGGUUUAAAGUCGGAAAUAAACCAGAAACUGAUUUAAAGCUAGAAGUCAGUUUGAGGUACUUUUUUCAGUAACUUAAUUUUUUUGAACUUUUUUUAAUAAAAAUUUCUCAUAAUUCAUAAGUUUACUCAUAAAUCAUUUUUGUUUUUAUUAUUGUAUUUUUGAUAACCCAUAAGUCAAUAAGGCAAAAUUAUCCAAACAUAUCACAUUAGUCACGUUAAAUUAUAAAUUACGUUUAAGUCAUAAUCUCACCGAAACGGGCUCCUAAAGUCUAACAGUUUCGUGAUGGCUAUUAGAGUUGAUCGAUCCUUAUUUCUACUCAUGAUCCAAACAUCCUGUUUUACAUAUUUACAGUUUUUAAGAAUAAUUUAAAAUUCAUAUUGAGUAUUCCAAAUUUUUAAUAUAUUUUUUAAAAUCUAAAAGAAUAUACCAAAAUUAUUCGGAUAAAUAUUUUAAAAUCUGAAUUGAAUAUCCAUCGAUCAAAUAUACCGGAGGUUUAUGAACAAAAAUAAAUCCACAAGAAUCAGCAUCAAAUAUGUCCCUGUAUAAAUACAUGUGCGAGUGUUUUUGUCACCGUAACAAGAUUAAUCAGCAAUGGCCAAUUUCUUCUAUUUUCUGCUUAGAUUAAUUGUAAUUUUGCUUUUAUCCUCCACUUCAUACUCAGAUGUCGAAGUGGUGACCAUCGAUGUCCAUGCAACUAAAGACCUCAUGAAUUCCGGCAAUCAUCGAUACCUUGAUGUCAGAACCGAGGAAGAAUUCAAGAAUGGGCAUGUCGACGUGAAGAAUAUCGUUAACAUUCCUUACAUGUUCGAAACUCCUCAAGGCAGGGUGAAGAAUCCGAAGUUUAUGGAACAAGUUUUAUCGACUUUUAAAAAGGAUGAUAAUCUUAUAGUGGGGUGUCAAAAGGGGAUCCGAUCUGUUUAUGCAACCAUCGAUCUUCUUAAAUCUGAGUUCAAGCAAGUGUACAACAUGGGAAGCGGAUAUCUGGCCUGGAUUGACAACAACUUAGCUGUGAAGAUACCGGAACCUGAAGCUCGUUCAGAAGAGCUCUGAUAUCUUGGUUUUUUAUUAAUAAAUAAAAGUUGGGAUGAUGAGAUAAAUGAAAUAAAUUGUGGUAACGGCUUUAUGGGUAGUGGUUGUUGACUGUAUCAUCAAUUCUGCUUCACUUCACUCCAAAGAUGAUGCACAAUCCAGUUGUAAUAUUUUAACUUUU